UCAAACACAGAACCAGGAAACAGGAAACUCUUCAGUUCAGAGAAAAUGAAACUAAACUGUAGUUGAGCUAUUGUGUGUUUGCGUCUCUGUAUUCAUGCAGUAAAAUGGCAGAAGCCAGAUUUUCUGAAGAUGAGUUCAUGUGUCCAGUGUGUCUGGAUCUCCUGAAGGAUCCAGUGACCACUUCCUGUGGACACUGUUACUGUAAGAUCUGUAUCACAGACUUCUGGGAUCAGGAGGAUCAGAAGAGAGUCUACAGCUGCCCUCAGUGCAGACAGACCUUUAGUCCAAGACCUGCUUUAGCUAAAAACACCAUGCUGGCUGAAGUGGUGGAGAAACUGAAGAACACUAAUAUUUCUGCUGACUGUUACGCUGGAGCUGGAGAUGUGCAGUGUGACGUCUGUACUGGAAGAAAACUCAAAGCCAUCAAAUCCUGUCUGGUGUGUCUGAACUCUUACUGUCAGAAUCACCUUGAACAACAUGAGAGUUUGUUUAAAGGAAAGAGACACAAUCUGACUGAUGCCACUGGACGACUGCAGGAGAUGAUCUGCCAGAAACACGACAAGAUCCUUGAGGUUUUUGUUGUGUAUUUUGUUAAUGCUGUUAUUUAACUACAUUUCC